UCCGCUGCUACCAGCAGGUCAGGAAAGAUGGCGGCGGAGGAGAGCAGGUUGAAGCAGCGGAAUCACAAGAACAGCAUCUUCAAAGAGGGUGGCCACAGGUUUACGUCGGACACCUCCCCGAUGAGGUGCGAGGAGGAGGACGAUGACCUGCUGGAGGAGGGGGAGGAGGUGGGCGUGGCCAGACCGGUGCAGAUCGUGACGGCGAACGAGGACGAGCACUCGUUCACGCUGCAGGAGGAGGCGCUGGAGAGGCUGCUGCUGCAGGAGGAGGUGCAGGACCUCCACGUGGUCGUCGUCUCUGUGGCCGGCGCUUUCCGCAAGGGCAAGUCCUUCCUGCUGGACUUCAUGCUGCGCUACAUGUACAAACAGUCCGAGUCGUGGGUGGGCGACGAGGACGAGCCUCUGACGGGCUUCACCUGGCGGGGCGGCUGUGAGAGGGAGACCACGGGCAUCCUGGCCUGGAGCGAGGUGUUCGUGGUGGAGAAACCAGACGGCUGCAAGGUUGCAGUUCUACUAAUCGACACACAGGGGGCGUUUGACAGCCAGUCGACCAUCAAAGACUGCGCCACGCUGUUCGCCCUGAGCACCAUGACCAGCUCUGUCCAGGUCUACAACCUGUCCCAGAACGUCCAGGAAGACGACCUCCAGCACCUCCAGCUCUUCACUGAGUACGGACGACUGGCCAUGGAGGAGGUCUACGAGAAACCUUUUCAGACGCUGAUGUUCCUGAUCCGAGACUGGAGUUACCCGUACGAGCAUCCGUACGGUCUGGAGGGAGGGUGGAGCUUCCUGGAGAAACGGCUGCAGGUGAAGCAGAACCAACACGAGGAGCUGCAGAACGUCAGGAAACACAUCCACUCCUGUUUCUCCAACAUCGGCUGCUUCCUGCUGCCGCACCCCGGCCUCAGGGUCGCCACUAACCCGCAGUUCGACGGCCGGCUCAGAGACAUCGACGAGGACUUUAAGAAGGAGCUGGUGAACCUGGUGCCGACGCUGCUCUCUCCAGAGAACCUGGUGGAGAAAGAGAUCGGAGGAGUGAAGAUCACCUGCAGAGACCUGCUGCAGUACUUCAAGGCCUACAUGAAGAUCUACCAGGGGGAGGAGCUUCCUCACCCCAAGUCCAUGCUGCAGGCAACAGCUGAAGCCAAUAACCUUGCAGCUGUAGCAGGAGCCAAAGACAUGUACAACAAAAGCAUGGAGCAGGUCUGCGGCGGCGACAAACCCUACAUCUCCCCGGCAGAGUUGGAGCGCCGUCACGUGGAGCUGCGGCAGGCGUCGGUGCGGCACUUCCGCUCCGUGAAGAAGAUGGGCGGCGAGGAUUUCUGCCGGCGCUACCAGGAGCAGCUGGAGGCGGAGCUCGACGAGGCCUACGCCAACUUCAGCAAGCACAACGACGGCAAGAACAUCUUCUACGCCGCGCGGACGCCCGCCACGCUGUUCGCCGUCAUGUUCAUCAUGUACGUGGUGUCGCUGGUCACGGGCUUCGUGGGCAUCAGCUCCGUGGCCAUGAUGUGCAACCUCGUGAUGGGCGUGGCUCUGACGGCGCUCUGCGUCUGGGCUUACGUCAAAUACUCCGGGGAGUUUCGCGAGGUCGGCGGAGUCAUCGACCAGGUGGCUGAAACCCUCUGGGAACAGAGGACUCCACGAAAGGUUUUCUCCAAACUCUUCGAGGUGGCUCGGAGUCGAGUCCCGUUGGGAAGCCUGAUCCCGGCGCCACGGCCGCGGCUCGCCUCCAACAACAACGUCAAGAAGAAAAACUAGCAGCACGCCGUCUCGUUCCUGUCACGUUUUACUUUCCUCCCUCUGCUCGGUUUGAGACGUGUAAAUCGGUUUUCGUUCUGACUGUAGAUGACGGUUCCUCGCCGCUGUAGGUUUAAGGACUCGCUGUAGAACCGGAUCAAGAAGUUUGAUGUAUUUUAUUAUUUGUCAGUGGGCGGGGUUAUGGUAUUUAUUGGUGGGAGGGGCCGUUACUCUAUCACCGAGUGUCAUCCCAGGUGUGUGUUCACCUGUCGCACGACGACUCGACAUUAGUGAUUCCCAUUUAUGUGAAUGUAUGAAUGAAGAGCAUGACCACAGACCCUCCUCCCCGCUCUCCUCUUUUUCUCCCCUCCUCCCCCUCCCUCCCUCCCUCCCGUCGUCUCGGUCAGGUCCGUGUCCGUCGCUGGGCGGCGUCACGAGGAGGAGUCACAACCAAAGUUUACAGCUUUACUCUUAGAGGCUCUCACGCUGAGCGGACCGACAAACAGGCGGGAAACUGCAGCUGACGGACGGUUUCAGGACAGUUUUUCUUACCCAGAAUCAGAGACUCUGCCGUGUGAAGGUGAAGUGAAGCUGCUCCACGUGAACGUAGACAAACACCUGAAGCAUGAAUCCUCAAACUACUGAAACCACCACAAAUCCGUCAGGAGGCGGAACAAAUUAAUACUUAAUUCUCAACCACAAAUCUGAUGUAAUCACGUGACUUUAAGUCCAGAACGUCAGUCGGGUGGAAAACUCGGGGGAAAUCUACAUAAGUGGAUCUUCCAUUUUAAAAUAUUCACCACAAACAAAUAAACGUCAGUGGAAAAACAUGAAAACGGAGACGAUGGAUCAGAGUUGGACGUUCACUAUGCAAACGUUAUUUGACCUUUUAUCCAGCAGCUUCUUGUCUUUUAAAAUGUGUUUUUAAAAUCUCAUCGCUGUCGACUGCGAGCACCAACAGUCUGCAAACAUUCUUCAUUCUGACCGCAGCUGCGAUUAUUUUCAUUAGAGAUUAAUCUGCGUUUUAUUUCCUCCAUUAAUUGAUCAGUUGUUUUGUCGAUGAAAUUUUCAGAGCUGACGUCUUCCAAUGUCCGAACGCAGAGACGUUCAGUUCAGUGACGCACGACAAAGUAAAUGUUAAAUCUGCAAAGUUUUGAGCAUUUUACUUCAAAAACAGAAAUAAUCAAUCAAUAAUCAAAGUAGUUUCCCAUUAAUUUCCACACAAUUGACUAAUUGAUUAAUUCAGCUAUUAUUUCAGCUCUAACGUCUGAGAUGAUAAAAACACUGAUGCUGCUGGAAAACUGGCAAAAAUAACAUUUUGACUCUUUCUUCCUCAGGAUUGUGAAGGGAAGUCUGUGACCCAAUCACAGGCUAACUGCUAGCUUAGCAUCAUUCAUUUCUCACACCUUGUGGUUUUAAAUAGUUUUAUUACACUGCUGUAAACAGGAAGUGGCUCCGGUUUUAAAUAUGAAAUCAGUGUCAACAGGAAACAUUUGCCAAAAUAUUAUUCAAACUAAUUAAAAACAAAAGAAUUAAAACGUGUACGAACGAUAUUUUCACUUUGCAUCUUUAACAAUAAAAAAACAAAGCUGACUAUCUUUGGUUCCAGACGACGCUGACUGAGUCCGUUAGACUGUCUGACAGUAAAUAUCACUACACACUGAACCUUCACGAGUUUCUGACUCUGGGGAAGAAAAGAACUCUGAAAGGAAAACAGCUGAAUUUCCCUGAAACCAGCUGAGUGACUAACCUGCAGACAGAUGUUGGACUAACCUGCAGACAGAUGUGCUGACCAACAGGAGGCUCUCGUCUGUCAUCACUACUUUUAUUAUUGACCACUUUAUCAUGAGAUCACAACUUGAAGAUUUUCUUACUUUGAGAUUAUCAGCCUCAGAAUGAUCGUGACGUUCAGUAUUUACCUCCUUUUUGUGUUUUUGGUUUUUUUAUUUUCCGUUUCCUUUUGAAAAGCUCGACAUCUCGGGAACCGCGCCGCGUUUCUGAGAGCGAGACGUUGGGACGGAUAUCGGUGUCUGGAGUUAGGAACUAUUUCUUGACGAGCAGAGGUUCAUCCUUCCGCCACAGCUCCGACUCCAAACAAACAUGAAAAUGAUAUUCAUCCAAAAAAGAAAGUAAAUACGCCAAUUUACCAAAUGUUGAACUAGUUCUUCAGCCUUUAGUUGUCAUGGAGAUGGUUUUGGCGUCUCAGCAUUUCCAUAUUUAAACUGGUAGUUGGUGUAAAAGAUGUCAGUCCUCUUGAUCCGACUGCCAGUGUUCCAGAGUAAAAGCUUUUUAAUUUCUCACCUGUAGAUAAUGUGUCGUUCCCUCCGUCAUUCCUCCUCUUCAUCUUGACAAAUCUGAAGGACUGAACCACCUCCUCCUGUUUCUAAAGCACCAAGAAGCCGUUUAGUAAAAAAAAACACAUUAAAGAUCGAGUCGACGCUCGUUUUCACUCAUUUCAGCUUUGGUUGAUACGAACACUACGUUCAGACGCUGUUUCCCUUUUCUUUUAUUCUUCUUUUCCUUUUUUUUAUUAAAGCCAAAAUCCGUGAAUCGGAUGAAUGAAAGGUUUCGUUCCUCACUCCGCCCUCGGCUCGGGGGUCGGAGGUCGGGGUCAUCGUGUUGUUUUUACUGAAUCAUGUUUUUCUUUUUAUUUAAUCAUCAUUCCAUCCACAUCACCGCUGUGUGCUUUUUUUGUUUUUGUACAGUUAGUUUUUUACAGCCUCAUCCACACAUACGGCAUGUGUAUGAAAUAUAUACAUAUAUAAAUAUAAAUUUUCUAGACCUUUUUGUAGCUGCAAGAACAACGGUUGGGUGGUAGACCAGAUUCAGCUCACUGGAUGUAAAGGAAUGCUUUCGUGAUUUGUGGAUAUGUCUAAUAAAUUCCUCUUUUAUAAAUAUAUUUGUAAAUUUAAUCUUACAUGAGCACUGCAGUUCCACCCCCUGCUGGCAAAGAAUGUUUAUAAUCUGGUUUUUCUUUUCCUUUUCUUUCUUCUUUUUCUUUUUUCUUUUUUUUUGUCUUUCGUUGCAUUUUAAAGUUAUUUUCGUUAAUUUAUUUUUCAAUACAAUAUUAAACCAAACUCCUACAACACA